ACGUUUUCGUAAAUUAUUCACUGUAUUGCUCACUACAAAUGGAGAAGCUGGCGAAUGGCAAUGAUUGGCGGAUGGAGCUCAUUACGGAACAGUGGUUUCCGGAGGUGAUUCAACAUCUUCGCCGAACGUUCUUUGCCGACGAACCCCUCAACAAGGCCGUCAGUCUGUGUCGCCCCGGCCACGGGCACACGCUUUUGGAGAGGCACAGCCUCUCGAGUUUGCACGAUGGGAUAAGUGCCAUGGCGGUCACAAGCAACGGCGAGCAGAUGGCUGGCGUCGUCGUGAACGGGAUACUGCAUGGAAACGCGGAUACGGGUCGUGCCCUAGAAAAGCUUGCAGAAACGGACGACGACAAGUUUCGCAAGAUUUUCACUCUUCUGUACGAGGAAAACCUUAAGAUAGAUCUGUUUAAGCAAUUUUCGGUGGAGAAAAUAUUCGAAAUCCGUAUCCUGUCGGUAGAUUCCAAAUUCCGUGGUCAAGGGUUGGCCAAAGCGUUGAUGAGAAAGAGCGAAGAAAUUGCUCGUAAUAAUGGCUUUCGGGUGAUGAAAACCGAUGCAACGGGAUUGUUUUCGCAGCGGGUGGCAAGCUCACUAGGGUUCACUGACCGUCACGAGGUCAAGUACGAUGAGUACCUCGACGAGCACGGCCGCCCGGUGUUUCAUGUGGGAGCGCCUCACGAUCGCUUGAAGAUCAUGUACAAGACACUAGCAUAAAUGUCUGCGUCCAACUCGUCGAGAGAGGAAACACCGAAGAAAUUAAUCAAAUGCUUGCUCAACGCAAAUCCAGCAACAGUGCAAAUAUCAAAAUAACCCACAAUCAUCGUUGUUAUUGAACCAGACAUUGGUGCUACAGUAUCGGUGUGCCGUGAAAACAAAUCCGGUCCAGGCCGUGAAACAUUGUCCUAUCAGUCGAAUCAUCGCACAUUUUAUGCUAAAACCUCAACUUCAGACCAUCGACGUGAACCAGGGAUCCAUCCGUUAGGACCAACAGCAGUACCCCCCAGCAGUAUGGCGAAGUACAACCCGCAACUUGUUGAUGGUCAUCUUUUUAUCACCUUUCAGCGAGACUCGGGAUGGAAACCCUUUUAUGUUACGAAGGUGUUUGGAAUUUUUAAAAUGCUUUACAAACGACACCUCGUUGUUGGCAGACGACGACGACGACAGUGAUGUGACAAUAAUGGCCAUAAGUGUAGGGAGCCUUUGCGAACAUUUGUAUUUAUGUUGUUGCUAAAAUUUACCUGCCCCGAAAAGAGGGCCCGUUACGAAAUGUGUUUUGAUAUCAACAUUUAUGUGAAACGGCAAAUAAACUAAUC